GCUAUUUUAUGAAGAAAACAGUGUCAAAUAGACAAUCGGUGAACCACUUGGGUCGAACACAUAUCAUUCAGGCUUGAGUGCAUCCUUCCAAAACCAAACAGGACUGUUCGAGUUGGUCUCAUAUGUAGUAAAAGUAGAUGCACAUCAUGAGAUGUUGUAUUUCAAGACAUUCGUAUGUGACAAGGACUUGGCCUUAAUCUGGUAGUCCAAAAUAUAAUUAGCAAUAUGUUUCGAGGUAUUUAUGAAUUGCUUACAGAUGUAUUUGUGCCAGCCUCCAAGCAAGUUCUCCACGACUUCCCACAUCAUACGAGGGUCGAUCCAGCCAUGGGUCGUCGCGGUGCCGUCGUCAACAAUAGGACGCUCUACAUCGUCUUGGCUAUCCUCGUCUUCGGCAUAAUGCUAACAUUACUCAAUGUCUACGAACUCCGCCACAUGCAGUUUCAGCACUUCCGGAUAAACCAUGGGGAUGGUGGUCCAUAUGAGGGUAACCCAGAGGGUGGAGGUGCUAGGAAUAUAUAUUGGGUAGAUGCAAAAAAUACCAACUCUGGCUAUCUAAAGCAUGUAUUUAGAGUGCUCGAGAGUGUGGGAUACAGGGUGGGUGACAUGCAUUCACAGUGGACACUCAUGUGGUCACACGAGUACCCGUUCGGACGACCCGAGUUCAAUAAAUUGUUCGAAAACCUAAAACCGCAUCAGAGGAUAAACAAAUUUCCUAGUUCGGGCUCAAUCACGAACAAGAACAAUCUGGCCACUUCAGCUUUAAAAAACAUUCCAAUCGCAUUCAAAUUGCCUGGCGACAAGAAUAAGUUCUUAGAUCAUGCCAAGGAACAUCCUUCAAAACUAUGGGUCCAAAAAAGCAAUGGACAUCGCGGGAUCAAGAUAAAAAGUCUAAAAAAUUUAGAUCUGACAAAAUCCAGUACAUUUGUUCAAGAGUACAUAGCCAAUCCCUACCUAAUCGACGGGAGAAAAUUUGACAUCGGUUUAUACGUUACCAUGACAUCGGUAGAUCCGCUGAGAGUUUACGUUUAUGAUGGUGAUUUCCUUAUAAGGUUCUGCCCAAAAGAUUACCAUCCAUUCAAUGCAGGUGAUGUGGACAAAUAUGUUGUUGGCGAUGACUACACACCAACCUGGGAGAUUCCAUCACUGAAGAAGUACUAUGAUGAAAUGAAGUACACAUUCAAGGAGACAUUUAGAGCUCAUGUAAAGAGCAAAGGUGAGGACUUUGAGAAAGUCAUGAAGGAGAUGUAUGACACUAUCAGGGAUGUUUAUGUACAAAAAGAAAAACACUUUAUAGAAGCUAUGGAACAUUUCAAAUCAAAAGAAAACUUUUUUGAGAUGGUGCGGUUUGACUUUGUGCUCGACGAUAAGCUCAAUGUUUAUCUUAUGGAGGUGAACAUGUCGCCAAAUCUCUCUUCCAACCAUUUCAAACCAAAUGCUCUCCUUUAUGAGCAAGUACUGCUGAAUCUGUUUAGUGUCGUUGGUCUUGCCAAGUCGAUAUCUACACAUUUUGACAAUAGUGAUUCCAAUGAAAUGGAUAUGAGCGUGUCUGAACGUGACAUCCAAGUUCUUGAGGAUAUGUGCGCCAGUAAACAAUGUUAUCCAAAAUGCACAUCGCAAGAGUGUGCCUUUUGUCACAAGUGUCUAACCAGUCCUCAUAGAUACACAAUCAAAAAAGCUUUCCUAGAACACGUGAACAAGCAGAGUAUGAAACGUCUCUUCCCUCCGGCCAUGACACAAGAAGAAGCCAAAAGGUGGUCUCCCCUCAAGAACAAAGGUUACCUGAAAUACAACGCAGCUAACAAAAUGAUGUAUCAAUGGUUUAGAGGAAAGUGCCUGCAGAACAUUGCUUGGUGCCAGUGAUGGAUUGAAUGAUCAAUUUAGCUCAGUUUUUGCUCAGUUUGCUUUCAUCAUCAUGACAACAGCUCAAAUGGUCAGUUGAAAUUGCUUGUGUUAAUAGUCUCCAAUGCCUGCCCAUGCAGGUGAGGUCGUCACAGCAGAAGAUGCCCAUUUUAGACUUCAUUUGCAUUCAAAAGCAUUAUUUUUUACAUCAUUGACCCGUCUGCACAACAAUGCAUUAUUAAAGUGUUCCACUUGUGGCAUACUUUGUUUGUGAUGUCAGCAUGGCCAAGGGCUUGAAUUGACAUCCACGCUCUGUAGUUGGGUGAAGGAAUGUGGGGUUUUAAGAAGUGAGAAUGUACAUGUAUCCUUGAUAAAAACACAUUUUAGAGACAUUAGGCUCUCUAUCCUUAUGUAACAGGGAAGUCUAUUGAAGCAGUGAAAAGAAGAAACUCUGUAUAAACAAACCAGAUAAGGAAGUACAUGAACAGGGCCGUUUGAAAUGCUGACAUUCGUAAAUUACUUUGGAUAUAGAUUUUCAAUCAUGUUGAUAAUGUAUGGAUUUUAAUGUACAUGUAUAAGAUAUUGUUUUACAUGCCUUGUCCUAUAUUGUGCAAUAAUUCUGAAUAUUUUUAGGCCUUUGGAAGAAGGGCAUAUUUACUUAGAUUUACAAAGAUUUUUCGUACUGGUACCUGAAACUCGCUUUAAUUUACUUGCAGUGUUGGAAUUCCUUAUUGAAAUUAUGAGUCCCUGUACUUACUAGCAGUCCUUGGUUGUCUAAUCAUGACUGCUCCGGUAGACAAAUAUGCAAAUCAAAAUCUAAGGCAUCACCCAAGGGUUCUGAAGAUAAUUUGAGGUCUAUCUGAGCGGCCUUGAUUAGACAACCAAUGACCUUCAGCAAGUAUUAUUUUCUAUCCUAAAAGGGCUCAAAGUAAACAUUUGCUAUCAAAUGUAAACCUAGCAGUCCUUGGUUGUGCUAGCAAGGACCACUGCAGUCAAAACAAGGCUUAGCAUAUUUUCCAUCGCAAUCAUCGUUAUCCUAGCCAAGACUUCAUCUUCAGAAUUCUAAAUCUUAGUCAGGAUGUGGUUUACACUGUGUGUUUUCUUACCAGAUGUGUACACAUUUUAUUUGCACAUACCAUUAAUGUAACUUGUUAAUCAGUUGUACAUUGUAGUAACAAUGUGUAUAAUCAUUGUCUUGCCAUGUCCCUCAGUUCAACCUGGGUAACUACUUAAAAACUCUCUUCCCUGGUUCUUGAAUUAAACAAAAACGUAAAGUUCAUCCGUCCUUGUGUUAUACUUCCAUAAUAUGCUGUUUAUCAAAACUACUUAAAUUUUCCAUCAAAUUAUUUUGAACAAUGCCCACCGGCCGUUUUUACAUUAAGUAAGGUAAUUAUGUGUCCCGUAUGUAUAUAUUACAUUGGAUUUUGUACUUAAUUUUCUUGCUGACAGUAUUGUGGCAUUGUUAUAUCGUGUCGGUUUGAAUAAAAGCAUUUUCAUACA